AUGUCUUCGUCACUGAAGCGGCCCUCCAAUGAUGACAAUCAGGAAGAUACCUGGGCUAAUAACCAAGCCCAAAACGAGGGCGCCAAUACUCAAGGAAACUCCCAGCAACAAGAUCCAGAGACUACUGAAGAUCCCGGAGAAGAUACGACACAGAAUACAACGGUAGAACAAGUAUCUACAACAGAAGCCACAGCUCCUGCUCGUCGUCCAAAGAAGCCUAGAAGAGGCAAGAAUAGCCCUGAACCAAAUUAUUCUGAGUUAGUUCAGGGUCAGAUGUCUUCUACCAAUCGUACCGGCCAGGCCUGCGAUCGCUGCAAGGUGAGUUUACCUGAGUUUGCUUUACAUUCCGGUCCUAUCAAACCUUCAAAUUUUCUCUCAACAGCCUCAAUCGCCAGUACUGCCAUUUCUGGUCCUGUUCUGAGUGGCCAACCAUAUUUUUUUGCCCUUGAAUACACAAGGAAUGCCAAAUUGCUUUGUGUGAUGUGUUUUCCCAGUUCCAUUGUAUACUUUGUUCAAAAAGAAACAAAGCUAUCAAAGGGAAAAUCAGCUCUGAAUUUUUGGAUUUGGCAGACCACGCUUAUACCAUAUGGCUGUAUUCACUCUUGCUUUCGAUAUCACUCCAUUGGCAUUCUAAACCCGUAUUACACCUACUCCGUUCUUACAGCCCAUCCACAUCCAUUUUUUUUCCAAAUCGCCUUAUUAUAUUUCAAGCUACUUAAUCCCCCUAAUCCCGUGAAGCAUAACCCCUUAGAUUUCCUCAGCUUGCUUAUCCAACUACACAACACGUAUCCAUUCUGGAGCUUUACUAAAACAUUACUUGCUACAGGGGCGAAAAAUGAAACUGACCCAAUAACGCGGGUGUCGUAUACUCGUGGAGAGCUAGAACGCCUACGAGCUGAAAACGGAAGGCUGGCUACUGAAAACGAAUUAUUACGCACAGAAAAUGCCAACUUACGAGACUAUAUCAGUAAUGUGGUCAGCCACCUUGGAAGCGGUGGUGCUCAGGCGCCUGGAAUGUCGAUGGUGAGUGGCUACUUUUCUGUUGCACUUCUUACCACCACUUUUUUCGCUAUUUUAUUAAUGCUUAUAUUCAGGAAACACCACAUCCAUAUCCUUCGUAUGACGCUCUACAAAGUCAGGCUCAGGCUCAAGCCAUUCACCAGACGGCCCAGCAGCAGCCAGGACAGAGCUUUCCAAUACUAUACCCACCAGGCAGGCGUAUGUAAACGACCUAAAUGA